AUGUCAGAAUCGCCAGAAGCACCAUGGAAAGCCAUUGCUCGUCGCAAGCAAAUCGAAAGAGCAGCAUGUAUCCCAUCAAAAUGGCUUAUUCCUCCCAAUGUUAUCCCAAAGGAUCCCCCUCAACCAGCCGACGGGCCACAGAACGUGCUUGAUAUACCGCGUCAAUUCUUAUCCCAAUCUGAAAUCUCAAUCACUGAGGCCUACACCAUCUCGGCCUUGCUCAAGGCCAUGAGCACACGCAGCCUCUCGGCCAAACAAGUCGCAGAGGCAUUCUGCCACCGCAGCGCCAUAGCACAGCAACUCACAAACUGCUUGACGGAGCCCUUGUUCGCCACCGCCUUGGAGCGCGCCCAGUUCCUCGAUGAUUACCUCCGCCACCACGGCGCUCCUCUCGGCCCCCUCCACGGACUCCCCGUCUCCGUCAAGGACACAUUCAACGUGGCAGGCGUCGACUCCUCAAUGGGUCUCGCGUACCUGUGCCACAAGCCCGCAGCCUCGAACGCGCCCCUGGUCGAUCUGCUCCUCUCUCUGGGGUGCGUCAUCAUCGCCAAGACCAACGUUCCGCAAACUAUCGCAAGUCUCGAUUCCGUCAAUAACGUCUUUGGCCGGACCAUGAAUCCCAUCAACCGGCUGUGCACCGCGGGUGGAUCCUCGGGCGGCGAGGGCGUCCUCGUCGCCAUGAAGGGUUCCAUGAUUGGUAUCGGGACCGACAUUGGCGGCAGCGUCCGCGUGCCUGCCAUGUGUAACGGGGUCUAUGGCUUCAAGCCCUCCAACGGCCGCCUGCCGUAUGGCGGUCAAGUUCCCACGGGUAUCGAAGGCAUGAGCCGCACGUCCGUGCAGGCCGUUGCGGGCCCCAUUGGUCGCAGCGUCGAGGAUAUUGAUACACUCCUGCGUGAGAUUGUGCCCCGGGCGGCGCUAUGGGGCGAGGACUGCAUGCCUUCAUCGUGGCCAUCCAGUCCGAGAGGGUCGUCGAUCUCGGGGUGUGGUGGGAACGGGGAGUUGGUCAUUGGCGUUCUGCGUACCGAUGGAAAUUGCAGCAUCCAUCCGCCACUGGCCAAUAUGUUGGACGAGGUGUCCUCCUCGCUUUCGCGAAUGCCAAGUGUGAAGGUGGUUGAGAUGGAAUGUCCCCCGGCGUGGACAAAGGCACAGUCACUCAUGACCAAGCUCAUGGUUGUCGACGGCUCCGUCACCAUGGCGGAGAUGGUUGACGCCACGGGCGAGCCAUUGGUGCCGUGGACGGCAGCACGCUUCAAAAAGGGGAAACCGCAGCCACUGACGCGGGUUGCAGAGCUGCAAGCGCAGCGCGCAAUGUUGGAGCGGGAGAUGCUCAGGAUGUGGAUCGAGGUCGACGAGCAUGGUCGAAGGAGACAGAAGCUGGACGCCGUCAUCUGUCCCGUUGCGCCGCAUCCCGUGCCGCCCAUUGACGGGUACAAUGCCGUUGGUAUGACGAGCAGCUGGGUGUUGCUGGACUAUCCGGCGGGGACGGUGCCGGUUCGUGCUGUUCAGGAGAGCGAUCUGGAGCUCGGUCGGCCACAGGGUGGCAAGAUUCUGAGUAGUUGGGACGAGAGAAACCGGGAGCUGUGGGACGAGAGCAAGAUUGAUCGACGCACGUAUCUUGGGACGCCACUCAGUGUUCAAGUCGUUGUACCGAGGUUACAGGAUGAUCGACUGGUGCAGGUCAUGGCUUGUGUGGAUGCGGUUUGCAAAGACAAAGGGGCCAGUAUAAGCGCAAAGCUUUGA